GGUACCCUCCGGCCUCGGUAUGGGGCCCCCGAGUAUCCUAAAGUACCUUCUCCUGUUCAACGCCUUCCUCCUCUCCCACGCGAUUUGUCCGCUGCGCUGUGUAUGCGAUCGCAACGCGGUCCGAUGCCUGCACCAAGACCUGCAAGCUGUGCCCAAGACGCCGCCCGAAGCCCACACGCUGGACAUCCGCUUCAACCGGAUCUACGACAUCGCUCCAGGCGUGUUCAGCCACCUGCACCGCCUGCGCUCCCUGCUGCUGAACGAUAACCAGCUCCGGGAGAUACGCUCUGGAGCCUUCCAUGGACUCCGGAGGGUGAAGUACCUGUACUUGUACAGGAAUCGGAUCCGGCAUAUCGACUCUGAUGUGUUUCAAGGCAUGGGACACUUGGAACAACUGUACUUACAUGUCAAUGAAAUACAUCAGAUUGAACCCGAAACUUUCUCCAAUUUACCACGGUUGGAACGACUGUACUUGCAUAAUAAUAACUUGAAGACCAUACCCCCUGGAUCUUUCCGAGGUUUACCGAAACUACAAAAGCUAAGGUUGGAUAGCAAUGCCCUCAUUUGCGAUUGCUCUAUGCUUUGGUUUGUUCGAAUGCUCUCCGAACACACCGAGAUGAGCAUCGCAGCUACGUGCUAUGGACCAUCUGGCACCAUGGGAUCUUCCUUAGCAACGAUGAAGGAAUCUGACUUUAGUUGCAAACGACCUGAAUUCGACCAGGAACCUGAAGAUGUCGUUAUAAACUUUGGCGAUGAUGCUAUGUUUGUUUGUUCUGCAUCUGGUGAACCGACUCCAGAAAUUAUUUGGUAUCGCGACUCCUCCGUUAUAAAUGUAGACGCGUCGAGGUAUGAAGUAAUGAAUAAUGGAACACUCAUGGUUCACCAAGCAGAUGAAAAUGAUGUCGGCAUCUUUGAAUGUACGGCUAAGAACCCAGCUGGAGAAAUACGUUCUAAGCCUGCAAGAAUGAUGAUGCAGAGUAAUGCUGAUGAAAAGGACUUUCCCGUCUUCACAGUUUUUCCGCGAAAGCAAUUGGUACAAGGCGAUCAAAAAUAUGUACGUUUCGACUGCGUCGCCACUGGCAACCCGAAACCUCAUAUAUCAUGGUUGUUUAAUGGCGACAGAAUUCUACUGUCUGAUCGACUUUCUUUGCAACACAAUGGAUCGAUUGUAAUUGAAACAGUUAAGGAAACAGACGCUGGAAACUACACUUGUGUAGCGGAAAACAUAAAUGGAAAGAUAUCAGCUUCUUGCACACUUGAAGUCAUGGUUCCGCCCGCAUUUAUUCUGGUUCCAAAGGACGAGCAAGUAGCUAUUGGCGAUAAGGUUCAAUUUACUUGCACUGCUCGUGGCGUACCGAAACCAGUCAUUACAUGGUACAGGAAUACAAUGGUACUACCUCCUAAAGAAAACAUCGUCUUGAGCGAUAAUAAUCAAAAUUUGACCAUAACUGAAGUAACCGAAGACGACGACGGCAUUUACCACUGCCGAGCUGAGAAUGCGGAAGGUUUAACUGAAAUUUCAGCCAUUUUAAAAGUACAGGAUGUGCAAAUCGUUUCACCGAAAAUUGUCACGCGCCCAGAAGAUAUUGAAGCUUAUAAAGAAACUACCAUUCAGAUGCCAUGUGAAUAUGAAAGUGAACCGCUUGCUAAUAUUGAAUGGAGAAAAAACGGGAAUAGAAUCAUACCGAAUGAAAGAUUUACGAUUACUUUAAUUGGAAGUUUGGUAAUUAAUAAUAUAACUUUAUCAGAUACAGGAAGCUACGAGUGUUCCGUCUAUAACGAUCAUGGCAGAGAUACAGCAUCUGCAUACCUUACUGUGAAAGAUCAUAUUUUACCAGGCGACGAAUAUGUCAAUAUAGCAUUGACCGAAGCAACACGCGAUGUAGAUCAGGCGAUUGCGCGAACAAUUGAACAAAUAUUUACAAAUCGAAGGGGCACAAGCGUGCACGACCUUUACAGAUUAACAAGAUUCCCAAAUGCUCCCGCUAGAGAAAUUGCAAGAGCAGCAGAAAUCUAUGAGAGAACGUUAGACAAAGUUCGUGAAUAUAUUCAAAGGGGGUUAAAGGUAACAACAGUUGAACCAUUCAAUUAUGAAAAUAUCUUGUCAACUAAGCAUUUGGAUGUUAUUUCACAUCUCUCGGGUUGUGUAGCGCAUAGAAAAGCACAAGAUUGUUCUGAUAUGUGUUUCCAUAAAAAGUAUAGGACCAUCGACGGAAGCUGCAAUAAUUUUGAGAACCCAACAUGGGGAUCAUCUUUGACGCCUUUUAGAAGAAUUCUGUAUGCGGUUUAUGAAAACGGUUUCAGUCAGCCUGUAGGAUGGAAUAAAGGAUUAAAAUAUAAUGGAUUUUCUCUACCCAGUGCCCGAUUAGUCUCUACAAAGGUUAUUUCUACCAAAAACAUAACUGGGGACGAGUAUCUAACUCAUAUGCUUAUGCAAUGGGGACAAUGGCUGGACCAUGAUUUAGAUCAUGCUUUACCAUCUGUUAGUGACCAAACGUGGGAUGGAGUUGAUUGCAAAAAGACAUGCGAUUAUGCGGCACCAUGCUUUCCAAUUGAUGUUCCUCCAAAUGACCCUCGCAUUACGAAUCGUCGAUGCAUAGAUUUUAUUAGAACGAGUGCAGUAUGUGGAUCUGGUAUGACUUCAGUCUUGUUUGGAAACCUUGAAGCUAGGGAACAAAUCAACCAAUUAACUUCUUUCAUUGAUGCUUCUCAUGUAUAUGGUUUUGAAAAAGCUGUUGCUGAAGAUUUAAGAGACUUAAGCAACGACAAUGGAACAUUACGUGUUGGAGGAACUUAUCAUGGUACAAAACCACUCCUACCAACAACAGGCAUCAAUGCUAUGGAUUGCCGGCUCAACUUAGUAGAAAGCACACGGAGCUGUUUCGUAGCUGGCGACAUACGAGCUAAUGAACAGAUUGGUCUACUAGCUAUGCACACUAUUUGGAUGAGGGAACAUAACCGAAUCGCAAACAAAUUGAAAGCCAUUAAUCCGUUCUGGGACGGCGAUAGAGUUUAUCAAGAAGCUAGAAAAAUAGUUGGUGCUGAAAUGCAAGCAAUAACUUACUAUCAUUGGUUGCCAUUGAUUCUCGGCCGCGAGGGAUAUGCCCUUCUUGGUGAUUACACUGAAUAUAACCCUGAUGUAAAUCCGUCUAUCUCUAAUGUUUUCGCAACCGCAGCCCUUAGGUUUGGACAUUCACUAAUUAACCCAAUCCUUCACCGUUAUGAUGAACAUUUUGAAACUAUUCCUCAGGGACAUUUACUUUUGCGAAACGCGUUUUUCUCACCGUGGAGACUUGUUGACGAAGGAGGAGUUGACCCACUUAUAAGAGGUAUGUUUAUGACACCCGUGAAAUUGAAAACCCCUACACAGAACUUGAACUCGGAACUCACUGAGAAACUCUUCCAUACAGCUCACGCCGUAGCACUAGAUUUAGCUGCUAUUAAUAUCCAAAGGGGACGCGAUCAUGCUAUUCCUCCAUAUACCAAAUGGCGUAGUGUUUGUAACAUGUCGGAAGUAAAUGAUUUUGAUGACUUAGCGGGUGAAAUAUCGGACAAAGGCGUCAGGGACAAGUUGAAGGAACUUUAUGGAUCUGUACACAAUAUCGAUGUAUGGGUAGGUGGUAUCUUGGAAGAUAUGUCUAAAGGUGCUAAAGUUGGACCACUUUUCCGGUGCAUUCUUAUAGAGCAAUUUAAACGUUUACGGGACGGCGACCGACUGUGGUUUGAAAACCCUCUCACAUUUAAACCGGAUCAGUUCAAAGAAAUUCAAAAGACUAAUUUGGCUCGAAUUCUCUGUGAUAAUGGCGACAAUAUUGACACGAUUGGUGAGAACGUAUUUAUAUUGCCCGAAAUACAAGAUGGCCUAACAUCAUGCGAAGAUCUUCCCUCGAUUGAUUUAAGAUAUUGGAUGGAUUGUGAAUCUUGCAACGACGAUCAUGACAUAGAAAAGACACGAGUGCGACGAGCGGCUGCAAUGGAUCCCAACCAUAACCAGCUGAUUGAAAAUGACCACCGCUUGGAAAUUCUGGAAGAAUCUCAAAAUGAUUUAUAUAAAAUUAUUGAAGAUCUGCAAAGGAAGGUGGAGUAUCUCGAGAAUACUUGCCAAAAGGUGUAAAUUAUUUUGCAUAAUAGAAAACGCCUCUAUGUAAAUAUUCAAUUAGAAUAGAUUUUGUUCCAAAUUCGUAGAGAUAAUUAUACAAUUAAUGUUAACCUCGAUGUAGUAGAGACUUUACAGAGAGCAAACACAAUCACAAAUACCAUUCCGUGGUUGGUAAGUAAAGUUUUUAAUGAUUGAGCUUAACUCAUAUAAAUGUCGAAAAAAAAUUAAAAAACAAAAAAAAAGUAAAAUACGAAUACAAAAAUACAAAAAAACAUUGGUGUUUAGACAGUUAGAGCCGUGGAAUCUAUCUGACGACAAAGCAUGCCUACCGGACUUGAUCAUGAAUUAAAUUGACCAUUAUUAUUGGACAAUUAUUAUAAUACUAUAAGUUUAUAUAAUAUAAAAAAGAACAAAAAAACAAAAAAAAAAUGUAUAGAUUGUUAAGAACCGUGAUACGCAAACCGACGACUGAGACUCCCAAACGGUACUGAUUCUGCAACCUGCAUUUAUGUGACAUUGGACAAUUACCUACAUGGACCUAAUUAUAGCAACGGUACAAAAAGAGACAGAUCGGAAAUUAAAAUACUUUUUUAUUAUAUUACAUAGCUAUAAAAAAUAUUUUAAUGUCGCGUUUCUUUUUUCUACCGUUACUCUAAUACUGCCCAUGCGUAAAAUAUAUUAUGUGUACUUACUUAUAAAAAUAAAAAUCCAAAAAAUCCAAAAAAAAAAGUCAUAAAAGUCAGUGGAAAAAUAAAAUAAAAAAGUGUCUCGAUGUUGUAGAUGUUAGCGGAGGUUCUAUUUUUUUUCUGUUUACCCAUAUUUUUAAUACGUCGGAAAAUAUACAAUAAAUCUAUACUCUCCUAUGUGGUCCAACUAUUUAAGAAUUUAUUUUUAAUCUAAUUAUAUUAAAUCCUAAGAUUAGUUACUAAAACUCGUCUGAAGUUUUUACUAAUGUUGCUAUGGAAAAUAUUAACUGUAUUAUUUAUGGUUGACUUGUUUUUAAGUAUUUAUUGCAGGGUUUUCUAUUUACAAUUACUAUGUUAAUUAUCCGACCUCUAGCUGUUAUAUAGAUAAGUAGAUAGGUACAGUAGUUCGUUCAAAAUAUUGAUGUUCGGUGUCUAUUUACUCUAAAGUAACAUAUAGAAAUAGAUGUAAGUCGUUAUGAUCAUUUUAACGUACGUUGCCUAAUUUACAGCCUUUUUAUCCUAAUUUAACUUUAGUUCAUUUUGAUUUAAUGAAUUAUUAUGACCUGUCUUUAAUUUUACCAACAUAACUUUCAGUCAGUAUUACAAUACAUUGCAUUUAUUAUUCGUGAUGAUCCGCAAUUUUUUUUAUUUUUUAUUAAGAUUCGCAUAUUUUGUUGAGUUGUUUAACUAAAAUAAGCACAGUAAUCAUUAUUAUCAGGUUCCGUCCUUGUUCAAAAUUUUGGGGUUAGUGACGAUAUUGGAAGGUACCUAAAUAAAGGUCAGUCUAAAUGAUGAGAAUGGACAUAUUCGAAAUAUUAAAAUGUAAUAGCACACUUUGAAAUUUUUCUUUUCUUUACGUAGUUGCGCGCGUAACAUAUAUUAUUUGCGCUUUUAACUGUUAUGCGGUAAUUAAAGAAUUCGGGAAAAGAUAUUAAAACAAUAAAAAAUCUAGGCAAUCAAAAUAUAAAUUUAAUAAAAUUCAAAUUGGUAUUAAUCUAGACAAUCAAAAUAAAAAUUUGAUAAAAUUCAAAUUGAUAGUCUAUGGCUGCAAUUUUGAAACCGGUGAAAGCGACAACGGCUGUUUGUUUUGGUAACUUUACGCGAUUUUUAUUUAUUUUUUUUGUUAUACCUAAGCUGCAUUCAACUUUUGUAUAAACAAAAAAAAAAAGCGGGCCAUACAUUUUCAGAGGCCGAACCUCUGCAAAUGUUCCAGGGCGGAGUGGUCGUUUACCAUCACGCGAUUCACCAGCUCAGUAACUGCGCCCGCUUUUCCAUAAAAAACAAUCUUGUUAUUUUUUUUAAGUGGGGAAAUCUUGCAUAGAUACCCACGACCCCCGGGGAAGGAGCCGUGGGUUAUGUCGGAUUCUAACCGACUAAACUUUACUGUUUUCCGUCUACCCGCUGGUAUUGGUUGGAAUUUUUCCGCGACAUAAUCGUGUUUCCUACGUGAAGUCAACAAAGCAAAUAGUCAGUGCCUGGCGCUGCCACUGGUUUUAGAAUAACUCCCUUCUCUUUGUCUUCCCUUACACCAAUUCGAAUACAGUCAGUAUCAAUACCUCGUAGGAACCCUUUAUUAAUCUCUGGAUAGACUCUGAUACGGAUAUUACGACCUUACUGGGAUUGAUAACCACAGAUUGACUGUGAAAUUCUGUUUAGGUACGUCUUGAAUAUAAGACGUAAUUAAUCCUGAACCAAUUCAAUGUUCUCAAACGGAGUAUUGCAGCUUAAAUAAUACAUAAAAUCUAAAUACCAUGUGGAUAGGCACAAAUAAUAUUCCGAUAAAUUUGAGUCAUCAAUGUUAGGAUACUAACAUCCGCGUCGCCUAUUCCGAAUUAAGCGGUCCCUAAAUUCUGAAGUUCAUAUACGAGUAAGAGUUGAUUACCAUGAAAUAUUACCGAUAAAAUCACAUCACAAUUAUGCGCAUGAUUGAUGCUUUUUAGCAAAUAUGUGUCUAUAAUAGUCAUUAAUGUUAAAAAAAAAUAAUCAUGUAUUCUAGUGUUUAAGAUUAGCAUAAGUACUUAUUGUCGCUUUGUCGUGGUAUGUCCAAAAGUUCUGGCUCCGUAACAACAGUAUCAUUAGGCGUGAAUAAAUUUGUUGUUAACUGAUAAAAAUCUUUCAAAACAACGUGGAAACUUUGUUUUACUCAUCAGAUAUUUCCGUUAUAUUAUUAUAAUGUGAAAAUGCUUGGGGAUAAUCCAGAGAAAUAGUAAAAUAAAUAAGAUUGAAAAGGUCACAGUUAAAAUAUCUACGAAGAUAUAUUUCACAAAUCCAGGUAAAUUGUUCACGUAAUCUAUUUUCACUAAGCUAACAUCAUAAAUUAACUCUACACUUGAAAGUCACAGCCACUCAUUCGAACACAAUAAAAACUCAUUAAGCCUUAAGGCUUCCGCAAUUUAUCACUAUUGUACGAGUAUAAAUGAACCGAGAGCGAGGACUACCUGUGAUUGUGGGUAAACUAAGGCACUGUUCACGAGGAGAUAGCCUCGAGCUGCAUAUUAGAGCUAAAACUUAAACAUAUCGUGCUACAAUGAAAAACAGGUUAUCGACGGAAAGUUAACAGUCACGUUGCAAAGUAUGAGUUUGUAGUUGUUAUACUAUGCAUCAGUUGAGAGUAAAGUGUGUAUGCUAAAUUGUACAUCGUCCUAACGCUUCCAUGUUCAACGUUAACAAAUUCUAAUGUUUUAAAAGCGAGUGUUACAAACUUACGACUAAAUUCGUACAUGCCUUCACAAAAAUAAUAGGAGCGCUUUAUACACAAUGUAUAGAAUACAGAAUUUCAUAAGGGAGCCGCUAAAGGAAUUAUUGUACAAUGAUACAAAACAAAUUUAACAUGUCCAAUGAUAUUGUUGUUAAAUGUGUUUUGAAAUAACUUGGUUGUGGUUAUUCCGAAUUCACCUUAUUGAUACCUAUAAUAAUAUGGUAUCUAUUAUUGAAUAAUAAAUUAUUUAUUUUUACCAAACGUUCUCAAAAACGAAGGGGGUUCUAAAUCGAACUGUUUUUUUUUGUUAACGAAUAACGCACGGGCGUUUUAUCGAAUGACAUGAUUAUUUUCGUUAGAAUUUGGAGUUAGAGAGAGUUAGAAUGUUAACCUCCCUUUUUAAAACAUUUUUCUAAAAUCGACCUUUGAUAAAAGCAAUUACUUAACUAAAGAAGAUCAAGAAUUUAUUAUCUCUUUAAUAACGCUUUUGCAGGACCCUCAAUCAACCACGAACCAAAUUAUUUUAACUGCACAAUCUAAAUGUAUUCUAGAUUUUAGACCUAUUACCAUAACCGUAGGAUUUUAUAUAGGUUUGUUCCCGGUGAUGAAGGGUAUUAAGAGAGAUUGUAUUUUUGGGAUGUGUUUAUACCUAGGUAAAUUGUAAAUUACAUUUUAAAAAUAAAAUUUGAAAUGCUUGCGUCCACAAUAUUUUGCCUUUUGGCAUAUGUAAGGGGAUGCGUACCCAUUAAUUUCGCAAAAUUAGCUGUUCAUUUUUCUUUAAUUAUAUCCCAUUUCAAAACGGUCCUCUGUGAUCGAAAGAAUAAAAUCAAAUCAUUUGUUUUAAUAAAAAUGCUUAUUUACGCUUAACGUUCCUGGAACAUUUGAGUACCUAGGUACAUAAAAGGUGAUAAAAAUGAUGACUGAUUACAUAAGGUAGAGAUUGUAAGACCUAAUAGGAAUUGAGGAUACCUUCAAUGUAGAAAGAAUGAUCGAAUUUCUGACGUCAAUUAAGAUAAAAUUUAAGCUUGAAACACACGGAGAUUGCUAUAAAUUCACGAAGUUAAAAGAAUCUGGUAAAGACUAAAGGUCCGACAACAUUUAUUCUGCAUCCUAGAAUUCGCAUCGGCACCUAAAAUUAAAUAUAAAAAUUAGUGCAAGAGCUAUUGACCCGAUAUUUGGUUUUUGGUAUUAAGAUGUUAUUGGAAAAUAUUUACAGGUGAUCCAAGUAAAUUAGGAUGAAUAAUUUAAAAGCAAAUGUUGUCGCGGAUAACGUCUUUUUAUCCCUACCUAGGUGUGCUCAUCACCGUUGUUAGGAGUUUGUCACUUAUCUUGUAGUUAAGCCUGAAUCUUUUGGACAUUACUAUUCUAUGGUGUGUUAUGGAUUCAUCUAGAAGCUGGCAAUUGUAAACAGGAUGAUAAAUAUUUUGUUAUACAAUUAUAAUAAUUUAAAUGUAAGUAAUAUUAAUGUCAUUUUGUUAUGAUCACUUGUACCUACACACAAUUUAAAAUUAAGUACUUUAUGGCAACUCCACAUUUGUGUCGUGAAGCUCAAAUUUUAGAAGCAGCUUCUACCUACGUCAAUUUCAAGGCAAGUUUCAAGAUCAAUUGCGAGCAUCCUAUGAAUGUGGAGGACACGACUUAUACCGAAUCUUAAUGAACGUGUGUACAAGCUAAUAACAUUAAUUAAUUUAUCUUAUGGGCACUCCAUACAAGGGACAGCGAUGGCACAACAAAAUAUGGUCGUCGACGUUUGCCGCCAAUACGGCGAUUAAAAAUAAACACCUACUAUGACGGCCGAUAGACAUUUUAGGCCCUCUACACUAUCGUGAUUGCUUCUACUUCUAGGUACUCGCCUAACGCUGCCCAUUGUGUGAAGGACCCAUUACGUGUGUACAUAUUUUAUGAUUUCAAUUUAUAUUAAUUGUUCAUUUAUAAAAAUUGUUAAACUUAUUUUAUAUGAAAAUAUUCAUAAGUACCUAAGUAUCCAACUACAAUAGAAUAAUCUGGAAAAUUGUACAAGAUAAUAAUAUUUUAAUAGGCGGGUCCACACAGAGCGAGAAGCCUCGUGAGGCCAUUGCUACGAGAAGCAGCUGCCGGCUUUGUCUGUGUGGACGUGGCUUUGCAGAGGAAAUGGCCCUCAUACAAAAUUACGAUUUUUCAUUGAAAAUAUCUGUGAGCUCGCACGAAUGCACAGCAAGAACUUUCCAUCUAAUUACUAACUAGCUGCAACGGUAGUAAGUGAUGGGCUACUACUACCAAUCAUCAACACAUCCACACGGAUUCGUAUCGCAAGUUCCUACGAUGUGGUGCGAUAUUGCAUCACAUCGCAGUUAUUUAUGGGAGACCAAAAUCGCGACAUACGAGAUUUCCUCCGCUGAGCCAUGUCAACACAGACCGAGCUUUGCGAACCUGCUCGCUCUGUGUGGAACCGCCUAUUGUCAAAUGAUUUUAUGCACGGAUAUCUGUUUCUAUAAAUAUCAAAAUACAAUUGAGUUUUCUGGUUUCUUGUAACUACUUACUGUUUUAUGAAAAAUCGACAAUACAUUCCAAUCAAUUAACUAAUUAUUUAUAAUGGCCAGUCGGUAUGCUUUUUAACUUUAUGUAUUCUGAACUUCUUUGUAAUGGGUUGCCGAAACGGUACAAAGGCUUUAGACAGGAUUUCUUGUGACAGACGCGGGUUUAAUGUCUGAAGACCAAGCUGAUUUGAAGAGCACUAAUUGUUUUACACCUUGUAGGUACUUGAGAGUCAAGCGAAUGAGAGAACGAUUUUACCGUCUAGGGAACGCUCUAUCUUUGGCUACAACACCGCUUACCAGCAGGCGAGAUCGUGGGAAAGUUCUUCCUUUUGAUAAAAAAAAAAGAAAUGUUAUUGACAAUUCAUAACAAUCAUGCGCCCUCUUCAUAUUGUACAAUGUUGGUCCAACAAAUGUUUGGCGCCAUUACGGAUAUUAUGAAUAAUCAUCUACAUUCUACUAUGUCGACCGAUCAUACACAUUAAUUAGGAUCUCUACUAUUCUCUACACUAUCGUGAUUGCCUCUACUCGGCCAACGCUGCCGAUUGUGAAGAGGGCCCAGCAAAAAGCGCACACGCCAAACUUAUUUAAUCUGUUGUCAAUAAUUAUUGUAUAUCCAAGAUCCUAAUCUGAACUUUUGUGAUCGUAUCGGGAGCCUUAAACAAAUUUCAUAUUUAUCAUCCUGUAAAAUAAAAGUAAUAAAUACUAAAACACAAAGGAGUGGUUUUUUAUGGCGCUACUAUUUUACGAUAUUGAUGUUCGGUGUGUAGUGAAAAAAAAUAAAUAAAAAACCCAA